GUCACUUAUCACCACGUGCACUAAAAAUACCCCUCGCCACGCGGGUAUCAACGGCAGCGGGAUUCGAUUUGCAUGAGGUGAUUCUUCUGCGACUUGCACAAAAACUUGCUACUUGCAACUUGCAACCGCUCUGCAACAACACCUUCUCAUUAGGACCGUAAUCUCGAGCCAUAUAACACAUCGAGUUAUCAUACCGACAACAUGUCUAUCGAAAGCAAACCCGCCGCAUCGCCGGUUUUUGCCAAUUCAGCAACCGAGUUGAUUGGAAAUACACCGUUGGUUCGAUUGAACAAGAUCCCGCAGAGUCUGGGAAUCGAAGCAGAGGUCUACGCCAAAGUUGAGCUGUUCAAUGCUGGAGGUAGUGUGAAGGAUCGUAUUGCUCUGCGAAUGAUCGAGGAAGCAGAAAAGUCCGGAAGAAUAAAGCCAGGAGACACUCUCAUUGAGCCAACUAGCGGUAACACGUAAGUACACUCGAGGAUACAUAUUUCUCUGCCUCUAACAUUCUCCAGUGGUAUUGGUCUUGCGCUUGUCGGAGCCAUCAAAGGUUACAAGACCAUCAUUACACUACCCGAGAAAAUGUCUCCCGAAAAAGUCGCAGUACUUCGUGCCCUCGGCGCUACCAUUAUUCGAACUCCCACACAAGCCGCUUUCGAUUCCCCAGAAUCCCACAUUGGUGUUGCUAAGCGUCUGCAGAAGGAAAUUCCAAACUCACAUAUCUUAGAUCAAUACGCAAACGUAAACAACCCAGAUGCCCAUGAAUUUGGAACGGCCGAGGAGAUUUGGAAGCAGACCGGAGGAAAGAUCACUGCUAUAGUUGCAGGAGCUGGUACUGGAGGAACUAUAACUGGAUUAUCUAAGGGUCUCAAGAAGCAUAACCCAGAUAUCAAGGUUAUUGCUGCAGACCCAUUUGGUUCGAUUCUCGCUCUACCAGAAAGCUUGAACCAAGAGCGCGCCAACGAGGGUUAUAAAGUUGAGGGAAUUGGUUAUGAUUUCAUUCCGGACGUGCUCAAGCAGGCGGCCGUCGACCACUGGUACAAGACUGAGGAUGUCGAAUCAUUCAUGUUCGCAAGACGACUUAUUGCAGAGGAAGGACUUCUUGUAGGUGGCAGCAGUGGAAGUGCCAUGUCGGCAAUGGUCAAAGCCGUGAAGGAAUUGGGAUUCAAGAAAGGCGAUGUUAUUGUUGUGGUGCUCCCAGAUAGCAUUCGAAGUUACCUCAGCAAAUUUGCAGACGACGACUGGCUCGCAGCAAAUGACCUUCUCCCUCCAACACCUCCGGCCACUGCGCCAUCUUCUCCAGCAUCUCCAAUUGCAAAGAAGAGAGAGGACCCAUUUUCAGGCGCAACACUUCGUUCUCUUCGUUUGAAGCCAGUCACUACUGUUCUAGCUGACUCGCCUUGUUCCGAUGCAGUUGAAACCAUGCGGGAGAAGGGAUUUGACCAACUCCCAGUCUUGGCUCCAACUGGUGGUAAACUCGUCGGCCUAGUCACACUAGGAAACCUCCUCUCCUGGAUUAGUCGCGGCCGUGCUACUGGAAAGAGUCCCGUAUCGGAAGUCAUGUUCGAUUUCUCUUCCAUCCCAGAAGUCGUCACCGAUCCCAAGGACAUCAGCAACCUCACCCAACCCCCCAAGACCAACGGAUUCGACGGGUCCGAUGGCAAACAAAAAAACCCCAAGAGAAAAUUCGUCGAAAUCACUAUGGACACACCAAUUAGUGCCCUCAGCAAAUUCUUUGAAUGGAACAGCGCAGCCAUCGUCACCGAAAAGGGAGGAGCUGAGAGCGGUGGACUUUCUAAACCCGUUGCGGUUGUGACUAAGGUUGAUCUGUUGAGCUGGAUGGUGAAACAGACCAAAGUUUGAAUUUUCUAAGCAUGAUAUUCUUGGGGCGGCAUAGGCUGGUUUGACUUGCGGGUGUUGGGGGGGUUUUGAUAGUAAGGCGUUCAUGUUGAGCUUUGGUUUUUAUCUUCUUUUCUUCUCGGGAAGACGGGAUUUCUAUGAUUUCAACAUCCGGAAUGGGAAGAGGUGGAGUAGAUUUGGGAGAUGGGUUAGAUUCUGUGCAAGCAUAUGUGUGUUUUUAGAUGUGGAUAGAUUGGUAGGUAGUCGUCUUGUUCGGGUUUGGAGUAAAUAGAUUGCCUUUACUACAUACCGUAACAUACGUUUAUUCGUUUCGUUUGUGUAUGGAGGUUGAUUUGUCUUGCUACUUGAAGUUUUUAUUUGGAUAGCUACGAGUAUUGCCAUGCGUGGUAAACGUUUAGAGGCUAGAUUAGUAUGGUGAAUUUGAUUGUUCAUUGUUUAUUCACCUACCUAUUUGGUGAAACGGAGUGGUUUGAUGGAGGUUAUGAUGUCAUAAUGCAACUACACAAUACAGUUUGUGAAUGAGAGCCUUAAACU